AUGGAGGCCACACAUUCGAGGCAAAUGAGAGAGACUCGCGCAAGCUGAAUUACCGUCUAACGGCAGCCACCAACAAAUCACUUCUUUUAUUUCUGGAAAAGGCCAUGCCUUGGAACAGUUGAAUUGUCGAACUAAAUUGCAUACAUGGAUGCUGACAACACGAUUUCUGGGUGUAAACAAAUUUCCCUGACAUGCUUCGAAAGCUUGAAUGACUGAGGAGCGUGGAGUGAGGAGAGAGAACAUGGCAGACAGAAGACAGCUGUUUGCAGAGAUGCGGGCGCAAGAGUUCGACUCCAUUAGGUUAUCAACCUACAGAACAGCUUGCAAGCUCAGAUUUAUCCAGAAGAAAUGCAAUUUACACCUGGUUGACAUCUGGAAUGUCAUCGAGGCGUUUAGGGAGAACAGUCUCAACACCAUGGACCUCAACACAGAAUUCACUGUGGCUCGUUUAGAAGCAAUACUGUCCACCAUCUUCUACCAGCUUAACAAGCGAAUGCCCUCCACCCACCAGAUCAAUGUGGAGCAGUCCAUUAACCUGCUGCUGAACUUCCUACUGGCUGCUUAUGACCCGGAAGGCCUUGGAAAGAUCUCUGUCUUUGUUGUGAAGAUGGCUGUUGCAACGAUAUGUGGGGGGAAAAUUCUGGACAAAUUGAGAUAUAUUUUUUCCCAGGUCUCCGAUCCUGCCGGCAUCAUGAUUUACUCCCAGUUUGACCUGUUCUUGAGGGAGGUGCUCAAAUUACCUGUGACUGUGUUUGAAGGCCCCUCCUUUGGCUACACAGAGCAAACCACACGGACCUGCUUUCCACAACAGAAGCAGGUGUCUCUGAACACAUUCCUGGACACAUUCAUGUCUGACCCACCUCCUCAGUGUCUGGUCUGGAUGCCUCUCAUGCACCGCCUGGCUAACGUUGAGAACGUCUUUCACCCGGUCGAGUGUUCCUACUGCCACAGCGAGAGCAUGAUGGGCUUUCGCUACCGCUGCCAGCGAUGUCAUAAUUAUCAGCUCUGUCAGGACUGCUUCUGGAGGGGACAUGCUAGCGGUUCCCAUAGCAACCAGCACCAAAUGAAGGAAUACACGUCAUGGAAAUCUCCUGCCAAGAAGUUUUCCAGCGCCCUCAGUAAGUCUUUGAGCUGCGCGUCGACGCGGGAGCCUCUGCACCCUCUGUUCCCGGACAUGCCUGAGAAGACGCUCAACCUCGCCCACAUAGUUGACACUUGGCCUCCCAGACCAAUGAACAGCAUGAGUGACUUAAUGUUGUCUCAUUCGAUGCCCUCAACAGGAGUCCCUUUCUCCAAUAAAAUGUUAAGCUACAGCCCUGCCUUUGCAGAUAAACUCACAGAUGAGCACAUGCACAUUGGGCUGUAUGUCAGUCUACUGAAAGACAACCCAACAUGUCUCCUGGAGAACAGCAGCAAUAACCAGGACGAGGAGCACAAUCUCAUCGCACGCUACGCAUCACGACUAGCCACCAAUGGAACGCCAAUGCCACAGUUUAGGACUCCCUCAGACCUCUCCUUCUCUUUGGAUGCCACUAUGCAGCAGAGGCAGCUCAUCGCUGAGCUGGAGAGCAAAAACAGAGAGAUCCUUCAGGAGAUCCAGCGCCUCAGACAGCAGCAUGAGCAGGCGUCCAUGCUGCCGCCAGACCGAUCCCAGCACAACCCCACCCUGCUGGCGGAGCUCCGGCUGCUACGGCAGCGGAAAGAUGAGCUGGAGCAGAGGAUGUCUGCUCUGCAGGAGAGUCGCAGGGAGCUCAUGGUGCAGCUGGAACAGCUCAUGAUGCUGCUGAAGACGCAGGGCCCAGGCCCAUCCCCCCGCUCCUCCCCCAGUCACACAGCCAGCCGGCCCAUCCCCAUGCCAACGCAGGCCAGCUCGGCAGGCACCACGCCCACCCAGACCCCUCAGGACUCGCUCAUGGGGGUGGGGGGGGACGUGCAGGAGGCCUUUGCUCAGGGCUCGAGAAGGAAUCUGAGAAACGAUCUCCUCAUUGCUGCUGACUCCAUCACCAAUACCAUGUCAUCGCUGGUCAAAGAGCUGAACUCAGAGGCUGGGAGUGAGACGGAGAGUAACAACGACUCAGAGGGGCGCCUACAGUUUGAGGACCCCGUCACCUCUCCAUCGUCAGAGGUCUACCUCACACAGCUCAACAGCAGAAAACCAAGGUACAUGGAUGCAGAGACCUAUGAGAAUGACCUGGUCCAGGAGCUGGAGACGGAGCUGAAGAUGGAGGAGUUCCUGAAACAGAGACCCGAUCCGGAGAAGGCAUACAUGGUAACAUCACAAGAGUGAGCACACUGAACCAAGACUAGCACAACAACAAAAAACACAUGAAGUUGACUAGGACUGCCUCAAAGGAGUGGCACAGAGCAAUGAGUUCUAACACUGCUGAGUACAACCAUAGAGUUAUACAUAUAUAUAUCUCUGUGUAUGAAUAUAUAUAUAUCUGAUGUAUGAAUAUAUAUAUUUUUUAAAAACAGACAAAUAUUUAAGUAAAUACUGUGAACAGAACAGGAGAUUUUAACAUUGGAGCUGUCUACAACACCGCCGGUGCCAUACAAUCAAAUGACAUGGAGAUUAUUUGUUGUUGAUGUUGUUCUUGUCACUGUUUCUGUAUGUCUUUGUAUGCCUGGUAUGUUUUUUUUCCCCACACUUAAUUGUUAAGAGAUGUUCCAAGAAUGAAACUAUGAGCAAACAAGAGUGCAGAUCAUUGGGUGUCGCUGCUCACUCGCUGUAAUCAUGUUUUAGUCAGAUUAUCAACAAAAACCCCAAUGGUCUCAUUUUUAUGUUUGCUCACAAGUCACACACUACUGAUACAAUAAUUUGUUUUCAUUGCUCAUUUUUUUUCACAAUUGGAAAACGGAUUGAUGAGAUGUUGUUUUUUCUUUGAUACAUAUCUUUGAACCGAGUGCACUGCCUUAGCCAAUCAGGUAAUCUCUUAAAGCCUGGCAUAGAUACUUAAAUAUACAAAAGACCACUGGAGAAAGGUGAACUAACUGAACUGAAAUCUGAUGCUGGAAGAUAAUACUGUCCAGUGGAAGGAUGUUUACUGUGUGUUGUGUGACACAUUUUAAAGAGUAGAAUUGUGGAAAUUUCAUGAGAUGAUAAUUAAAAGCAUGCAUUACAGUAAUAAUUCGAUAUUUGUUCACUGACAUUGUCUAAUCAUACUUCUCUGGAUAAAUAGCUAUACACAUUUGUCUGUGUUUGUCAUAUGAUGGUAUGACUAAAUUAUUUUGUUUCAUUUUUCACUAACUCAUUCCUUCAUUUAUUUAGUCAUCUACUACUACUCUCUCUGUCUGUCUUUGUAUCAGUCAUUGUGCAACAUCUUCAGACAAGAGCUGCUUGUUUACAUUUUUUCUUGCAUAAACCAACACACUGCACAAUUCACUGAGCAAUGUUAUUGAUACCUGCUGACACUACAAAACGUUAUCCACAAGUUAAUUUUGUGAACUUUAUUCUAAAAUGUUUUUCUUUGGUUUAUUUCAGUGAUUUUUGCAUGGUGGUAAAACAAUAAAGACAACUGAAUACUGCA